AGUCUUCAAAAAGCCUUGAGAACUGAAGAAGAGCUCCAGUCAAGCUGAAGAAAAUUCCCGUCCAAAGACAAACAGAACAGCCCCUGACUCAUAGCCCUGUGUCGGGGGAGAGAGCAAACCGUACUGUUGACAUCAGGAGGCCAGUGAUGUCAUGGUGAUGUCAAUGCCUCUAAUUGUAAAUUGCACACACAGUCCCGCUGUUGGCUGUGGUAAUAUUCAGUGAGAGAGAAGACACUGGAGGAGGCAGUUUCUCUUGGAAAACCUGGGAGUAGAUACAGUAUGGCUGUAACUGGGGAUGAGACAGAAGCAGGCUCUGCAGGUGGUUUGGCCAGCUUCCAGCUGCGUAACCCCACCUCCACCCCGCCCCAGCGUGGACCAGGAGAAGGUGCUCACAGCUCCCAGAAACCUGUUGAAGAAGCCCUACAGAAGAGGGAGCUCCGCUUAAUGAAGAACAGGGAAGCUGCCCGGGAGUGUCGACGAAAGAAGAAGGAGUACGUCAGAUGCCUCGAACAACGCGUGGCUGUGCUCGAAAAGCAAAACCAGUCUCUGAUAGAGGAGCUGAGAGCCUUAAAAGACAUCUAUUGCCACAAAGUCGAGUGAUUCCUCCGUCCAGACGGGAAGCUGGGAGCGUGUGGACUGUGUUGGUCUGUUUCUGUGGUGUGUCUUGAGGACUCUGCUUUUACGUAAACACACACACUCAACACAAAACACUCCUUGUCCGUGCUAUUAACUGUGUUUACACAUGAUGUCAGUGUUUCAGGCUCAGAAUUAUCCGUGCACCACCAGCAAAAACAAGAACCUUGUUUCAGGUGAGAGUUAUCAGUGAGCACUAUGAGGAACUUUUGGCCUAGGCAGGCUCCCAGAGCAAGCAGGAAGAGGAAGACGAUGGACGCCUGCAGAUUUGCGACGCCUUACAGGAGACAGAGAAUCCGAAGAUGAAGGACGAGAUGCUGAAGUUAAACAAUCUGAACAUAGAAAAACUCAAACAAACAAACAAACAAAAAAAAGAAGUCACUUAUGCCUUUGCUGCCAUCAUUUUAACUGCACUGCAUUUUAGAACUCUUUUGUGAUCAGAAUUUGGCUCUAUGAGAAUAUUAACUGAUAGUCUUCUUGAUGGUGUCUUUUGCUACGAAGCUUUGUUCAGGGAAACCACUGCCAGAAGUCAAACGUUCAAUCAUAAGGGCUUCACAGAGUUUGUGUUUGAUUUUUAUUUUAGAAAUCUGAAUGCAAACAUAUUCCAGGGGCUUGUUAAUCUUAUUCAUCCCUCAUUUUCACUGUAGAGACCUGUCAGGAUGUGUCGUGCAUCAGUAUCUGCUUCUAACCAGUGGCAUUAUUUUGUAUUUCGUGAGGUUCGUGCCCCCUUUAUAUUUUUGAGCUACUGCAACUUAGUAGAUUGUAUAUUUAGUUAACAAAUGCACACUUGUGGAAAUUGUACUGUUUGGUUUUGUUGCUUUAUUUCAGAAUCUGUGGAUGAAUUAAGAGUUUUAUUGAUGUGUCAUUUUGUUUUAAUGGAAAAUUUGUUGCUGAAAUCCACCAUCUUUACUCCCAGUUGGUGUUUUAUUUCUCCCCUUCAGCUGUUGUCUUGUUAUGAUCACACCAAAGUUGGAGUUUUCUAAAUACUUUUCAUAUGUUCUUGCUUCAAUAAAGUUCUUGUUCGAUCUCCGUGUGCUGUUCUCCCACACAGGAAAUAUA